UCCACCACGGGCCACGACAAUCCUCUCAUACGCCUCCCCCACACCUAGCCACGGCCAUAUCUUUCUGCUCCCAUGGCUACUGCUAGCGGCUGCUUCUUGGUGUUCAUCUGGGUAGUAUGUUGGCUCCCACUGAUGCUCGCCGGGCCUGAGGAUCAGCUAGGGGAAGGCUGCUCAAGCUCGGCCAAGACGUGCGGCAACCUCACCAUCUUACAGCCGUUCUGGCUCAGGGAUAAGGAGACGGGAAGAUCGUGUGGUCACUUGCCUUUUGAGGUUCGUUGCUCAAACGAAAGCAUACCAGUUCUCUGGAGCUUUGACUUUUCAAUCAUGGACAUCUCCUACGAGGAACGCAAUUUGCGCGUCGUUGAUUCAUACAAAGUGAAGCACUUGAACUACACCAGCGGCUGCAAUAAUUUCUGGCCAUGGAACACCUCCGUCGAACUGGCACCUCCGUUUAAGGUCAGCCCUGCCAACCUGAACCUCAUCUUCUACAACUGCACGAAGAAGACGGUGGCGAUGGUGAAGGUGAGAUGCGUGAACGCGAGCAACAUGUUUGUUCGCGCGGGAGUGCGUCACGACCCGACCGGGAACUACUCCGGCUACGCUUUGGAGGGCUGCAAUGCUACCGUCGUCCCGGUGAUGAGUUCGACGAGCAAGGCGAACGCGAGCGACUACGAGCAUAUCAUCAGCGGUGGUUUCCUCUUGACAUGGCAACCGGACGCAUGUAAUACUGCCUGUUGUGUAGUACGUACGUGUGACGCCCCAGAAACUACGGGUGUGGCAAACAUGCAAACUAGUGCUCUCGGUAGGUACGUACCCCUGUGCGUCAUUAGAAGUUCGUUAACAAGUUGAACUGGAGUGUGGUACAGAACAACAGGUGGCUUCUAGAGCCAAUAUCGAUUCUGGUCUGAACUCUGAACUCUGGACUUAUAAACACUCCCUAAUAUGAACUCUGAACUUCUCAGCUCUCUGCCUAAUCUGAACUCUAUAUAUACUUCUUUCUGUUUAGUCAGAAACUCAGAACUCUGAACUUCCCAAGUCUGCACAGCCAACAUUGGCACCAUGGGCUUGUUCAUUGAUCCACUGGCAGCCCAGUAGCAGCAAAUGGACUUUUCAAAAUUAGGCCUAACCCUAUAUUCAUUUUUCUGGGGCAAUUUUUUACCCAAAUAUGGUGACUUUAGUCCUUUUUCUGGCGCCUGCUUGCAUAGUCUGGGCAGCCAGCGAAGUGGGCCAGCCAGUUGCGCAGCCAAAUAAUACAUACAUUUUUUUAAAAUAUUUGUCGGAAUUCUUUUGAAUGAUAUGGUAUAUCCAAAAUCAGUCGAUAUGCCACGAAAAAAAUAUCGAAUAUUCAUGUAUGAAUAUAUUUAUAUCGCAAGUAAUUCUAAGUUUGCACUAGUUUCAAAUUAUUAAUAUAUUUCAGAAAAAUGGUAAGAAUAAUAAAAAAUGUUCAUGGAUGCAAGAAGAGAUGUUUUUAUAUUUGAAAAAUAAAUAUUCAUGUAUUGCAAAAACACAUUUUCAUGUUGUUAAGAAGAAGUAUGCCUGUAAAUGAGCAUUUGUUUACACCAUAGUAAUGUAAAAAGUAAAUAAAACAAAAAACUGAAAUUUGCAAAUUAAGGCAAUAAUGCUUUAAAAAUAUAUAAGUAAAAGUAAAAACAAUGAAAUUAAAAAAUCAAAAAAAAAAAAUAACAAAAACUAAAGUAAAUGGAAAAAUUAGAAAAUGAGCUCAAAGGAAAAUAAAUAAACAUAAAUAACUUAAAUGAGAUAAACCAAUCCAUCAAUUGGGCGCUCGACUGCAUCCGCUAUUCUAGCAGAGCGUCACUUCCCUCCCACUCAAAGCGAAAUUGGGAUUUCAGGCCUACAAGGAAAUGAUGCAAAAAGCCGUUUACUGGGUUCUUGCAAAAGAAACCCGUUGUCUGGUGAAACUCGUGACCAGGGUUUUAAGGCAUGUCCGAGCCGCCAAGCCCUUAAUGUUUCGGGGUCUCUUGAAAUGUAACCACAUAAACAUUAAAUUUGUCUAAAAAACAUAAACAUUGAAUGCCAUAACAUAUUGUUUACUACAACGAAAAACACUUGGCCAGGUGAUAAACAAUGUUUCAUUAACAUUGUAUACAUAUUAGGGUUUUCUCUAUGUUUGCUACAACGAAAAAAGGGGUUUCUCUAUUAGGAUAGAUCAAUUGAUACAGAGAUGGCUUGACCUCCUUUUCCAAUGAAAAAUAAAAAUCGGCUCAAGGAUUGCUUUUGAAUUUUGACACAAGGUGAGUGGCAGUUUUUUUUGUGGAGUAAUCCAAUCCUAUGGGAAGAAUUCUAAAGACUAAAACCCUACACAAUCUGUUUUAAUUCAUUUGAUUUGAACAAAUAAAAAACUAGUCAUUCCACAUGAUUUGUUAUUUCUAAGUUGAUUGAUAAGUUACAAUUUUCAAAGCUAAGUUGGCCGAGAAGUUGGUUGAGAAGUUUUGAUUUUUGUAUUGGAUACUGUCACG